AUGGCGCAGUGCGUGCGUCGGCUGGUGCUGGCGGCGCCCCUCGCCGCUGUGGUGGCGCUGCUGCUGUGCACGAGCAGUGCACCGGUGGCGCGUGCUGCGGGGACGAGCGACUUCACUGAGGCGCAGCAGAAGAACACGCUGACGGUGCUGCGGGCGUUUGCGCGUGCGAUCCCUGAGCUGGGGAAGAAGUGGACGGGCAGCGACUUCUGCUCGUGGGACUUCGUCACAUGCUACUCCACCGGCGUCAGUGUGUGGAUGGACAAAGUGGAUUAUACCGGCACGCUGCCGGAGAUGCCUUCGGGCGUCGACUACAAGGACGUCAUGAUCAUGGCACUGAACUUCAGCGCAAUGGGCCAGGGGCUGAGCGGGACGCUGCCCGCCUCAUGGAGCUCGCUGACGUCCUUGAUGUCACUGUGGAUCGAAAAGUCUGAGAAGGUCACCGGCACGCUGCCUGCACAGUGGAGCUCGAUGAAGCAGCUGACCCUUCUGCAUCUGGAGGGCACUAAGGUCUUCGGCACGCUGCCUGCCCAGUGGAGCUCGAUGACGUCGCUGGGCAAUCUUAACCUGCGCUUCACUGCGGUCUCCGGCACGCUGCCUGCCCAGUGGAGUGGGAUGACGAGUGCGGAGGCCCUGCAGCUGGAGUACUGCGGUCUGUCCGGUUGUCUGCCCCCCGAGUGGUCUGCGAUGCCGAAGCUGCGUAUCGUCUCACUGAGCGGCAACCACUUUAGCGGGUGUGUGCCCGACUCGUGGGUCAAGAAGCCUGGCCUCGUUGUGACCAUAGAGGACGAGCACAAGGGCAGCAACUGUGUAUCUGAUAAUCUCUGCGACACAACCACUGAGCCGCCCACUGCGCCCACCACCACCGGCACCCCAGCAGCCUCCUCUACUCCUUCUCCAGGGUCGGGGUGCGAGGUGGAUGGGUGUGAGGUGUGCGAGGGGGACUCCGCUGCGCGGUGCGCCAGGUGCCGUGAGGGCUACUCCCUGACGGACGAGAAGACGUGCCUGGCGCACCACGAUGGCGGCGUGGCGGCGGCGUCGAGCGGAGCGGUGGCUGCCGCUGCUGUGUGGGCGGCUGUGCUGUUGAGCGUGGGGCUGGCGGCGUGA